AACAAACGCAUACACACACACAAUCAAAACCAACGGAAAAAUAGUUAGUAAUUGGGAGGGAAAGGGAGGUAGGCCAUGGCAUCUCUAGCAACCUUCGCCGCCGUACAACCCGCCGCCGUCAAGGGCCUCUCCGGAAGCUCCCUCUCCGGCACCAAGCUCCGCCUCAAGCCCUCUCGCCAGACCUUCCGACCCACCACCUCCAAAACUGGAGCCGUGGUGGCCAAAUAUGGGGACAAGAGUGUGUACUUUGACUUGGAGGAUUUGGGCAACACUACUGGCCAGUGGGACUUGUAUGGCUCAGAUGCACCUUCACCAUACAACUCCCUCCAGAGCAAGUUCUUCGAGACAUUUGCCGCUCCUUUCACCAAGAGAGGAUUUUUGCUCAAGUUCUUAAUAUUGGGAGGCGGUGCCACCCUUGCUUACUUUAGUGCCACUGCCUCGCCAGAUCUCUUACCGAUCUCGAAGGGUCCCCAACUUCCUCCCAAGCUUGGACCACGUGGCAAAAUCUAGUUCUUCAACCUUUUUAUUGUAUCAAAAUGUAUCUUUUCUACACCUGUAAGUAUGCCCAGGGCUAGCUAAGAACUCUUUUGUUUAUCUGCAAAUGCUUAUUUUGAUUGUGAUUGGGAAAAUGCUUUCUGACUUAACGAAUCACUCUUUGAGUAUUGUGUUUUUAUCACCUGUGAGGAAUGUUUAUUUCACCAAGUUUGAUAUUACUUUGUAUACAGCCUUUAAGAACCAACUGCUAUUAAUAUCUUGUGUCAUUUUCAAAUUA